CAGAACUUGUCGACCGUGUUGUUGAAACGAACAGUUUUUAACACUAUCACGCUCUUACAUAUCGUCACAUAAAGAGGUAGUGGUAGAUCUAAAUGACCCGACCUACCCGCACACAUUCACAGAUAUUGGGUUACGAAACCUGCGUGUUAAGUCGGUGGCACGAACGUUCUGUUUGAAAUGAGGUCAUCGUAGUACUUCCUGGUUGAUUGACGGUCUUAGAAGAAGCCCGACAUGGCUGGAGUCAGAAUAUAUUAUUUUAUUAUCGUAUAUUUCUUUAUUCUUCAAACUAAACCUGUAUUCGCUGCUUUUGAAAAUGUAGCAUUCAGGAAAACUGCUGAUCAGAGUUCAUACUACCCCAGUUGGAUUCAAAGUGCAAGUUAUGCUGUGGAUGGCGACACUACUCAGUCGACGUGCAUGUUUACCAACGUUAAUCAGCCAUAUACCUGGUGGGAGGUGGAUCUGGGUAAAGAAUAUUUCAUUCACCAAGUUGUCAUCUACUUCAGGACAAACUGGAAAUGGAGGCGAAAUGGAAUCCAGGUGUACACGUCUGUUUCACCACAACAGAUUAAUACUGGACAGUCAUGUGGUGAACAAAUCACAGGUAACAUGGAUGGAUCUGACAUUGCCGAUGUAACAUCUAGAACAUGUGAUGUGAUAGGGAGGUACGUGACACUCUACACAGACACUGUUAAUAAAGGGACGUGUAACCUAUGUGAUGGCGGAAAAGCCAUGGAUUUCUGUGAAGUGUUUGUUAUGGGAAACGUGUUACCCGUCUGCCGAAACUGUCCACAGCCGGACAUAGAAACACAGAAAUGUUGA